AUGAUAAGUUCUUGGUUUAAAUUAAUCACACAACGUCAUAUUUCUCAUUCCCAAAAUUUAGUUAUUACAUCAUCUCUUGUUGAUGGCACAACAGUUGUAGAAUGGAAUCUUCAAGGCUUACCUAGCGAUGAACUAUCAACACAAAAUGGUAUUAUUGUUACACAAGCGGGGAAAUAUCCACUUUUAAUUGAUCCACAAGGACAAGGAAGAACGUGGAUUAUGACAAAAGAAAAAAAUAGAGAUUUGACGGCAAGUAUUUUUUUCGCUGAUUAUGUGACAACAUUUGGUCAUAAGUAUUAUCGACAACAACUAGAAGAUUGUUUAUCAUUGGGAAAACCUUUGUUAAUUGAAGAUGUUCAACAAGAGCUUGAUUCUACACUAGACAAUGUUCUUGAUAAAAAUUAUCUCAAAAUGGGUACCGGGUACAAGGUUUUGUUGGGAGAUAAAGAAUGCGAUGUUAUGAAUGGAUUUUUUAUCUAUUUUACAACAAAACUGCCAAACCCUGCUUUCUCUCCAGACAUUUUUGCAUUAGUCAAUGUUAUUGAUUUUACGGUAACAAUGAAAGGGUUGGAAGAUCAACUUCUCAACAGAGUUGUGGUCGCGGAACAAAGUCAAUUGGAAGCUGAAAGAGUAAAAUUAAUUGAAGAUGUCAAUAUGAAUAAGAUUAAAAUGAAAACCUUGGAAGCCAACUUGUUAGAAAAACUUUCUACAACAGAAGGCUCUCUUCUAGAUGAUGAAUCAGUCCUCAUCGUUUUGAACACAACAAAAGCUACAGCCGCGGAUGUAAGUGAACAGCUGGCAAUUGCUGAUGAAACAGAAUUAAAAAUAAACAAAGCUAGAGAAGAAUAUAGACCAGUUGCAACACGUGGAAGUAUACUCUAUUUUUUGCUAUGUGAAAUGAGCCUUGUAAACUGCAUGUACCAGACUUCUUUAAAACAGUUUCUUCACCUCUUUGAUUUGUCGCUUGAAAACUCGGAAAAGACCCAUAUUGUAGGAAAGCGAUUAACCAAUAUCAUAGAUCAUUUAACGUUUGAAGUUUUUAAAUUCACAUGUCGUGGCUUGUACGAAGAACAUAAAUUUUUAUUAUCUCUUUUUCUUGCGCUGAAAAAAGACCUACAGGCAAAUAGUAUUCAACAGAUGGAAUUCAACACUUUAAUUAAAGGUGGUGCAUCAUUAGACAUGAACUCAGUGCCUCAUAAGCCUUUUAAAUGGAUUACUGACACUAUUUGGCUCAAUAUUAUACAAGUCUCCAAACUGCACGGGUUUUUCGAAGUUCCUAAUCAAAUACAAAGAAAUGAAAAGCAGUGGAAAGAAUGGUUUGAUAAAAGCGCACCAGAAGAAGAAAUAUUUCCAGAUAAUUACCACAACGUUCUCAGUACUUUCCAAAAAUUGCUCUUCAUAAGAUCCUUAUGCCCAGAUAGAACUAUUGCCCAAGCAAGAAAAUACAUAGCAGAAUCUAUGGGUUCCCGUUAUAUUGAUAGUGUUAUAUUAGAUUUAAAAGAAAUGUGGGAAGAAAGUAAUCCCAAAUGCCCCUUAAUUUGUUUGCUUUCAAUGGGAUCUGAUCCGACUAGUCAAAUUGAAGAUUUAGCUAAAAAAUCUGGCAUUGAAUGUAGGUCUAUAUCAAUGGGACAAGGUCAGGAGAUUCAUGCAAGAAAUUUGUUAAACCUUUUUGUGACUAACGGAGGUUGGGCUCUUUUACAAAAUUGUCAUCUUGCUCUUGCCUUCAUGAAUGAACUUUUCGAUAUGAUGGUAAAUAUGGAAUCGUGCCAUGAAAAUUUCAGGUUGUGGUUAACAACUGAAGUUCAUCCAUCCUUUCACGUUGGAUUAUUACAGAUGUCAAUUAAAUACACAAACGAGCCACCUCAAGGCAUCAAGGCAGGUCUUAAAAGAACAUAUAUGAGCAAUGUUAAUCAGGAUCUUUUGGAAGCUACAACUCUUCAACAAUGGAGACCGAUGCUCUACGCAGUUUCAUUUUUACACACCGUUGUGCAGGAAAGGAGAAAAUUUGGACCUCUUGGUUGGAACAUUCCGUAUGAAUUUAAUUUAUCCGACUGGUCAGCCAGUGUGCAGUUCAUUCAAAAUCAUUUGGAUGAUCUAGAUAUAAAAAAAGGUGUUUCUUGGGUAACUGUAAGAUAUAUGCUAAGUGAAAUUCAAUACGGAGGCAGAGUUACAGACGAUUAUGACAAAAGGCUUUUAAAUACUUUUACAAAAGUAUGGUUUUCGGAGAGCAUGUUCCAAGAUUCAUUUCAAUUUUAUAAAGGUUACCAAAUUCCUGGCAAGCUGAAAAAAUUAGAAGAUGUUCGCAAUUACAUUAAUAACAAUCUAUCGUCUGUUGAUCCCCCAGAAGCUUUUGGACUUCAUGCUAAUGCAGGAAUAACCUACCAAACAAAUGUAUCAAAGGACAUUUUGAACACAAUCUUAAAUAUUCAACCGAAAGACAGCUCAAGCGGAGGUGAAACAAGAGAAACAAUUGUUUACAGAAUGGCUGACGAAAUGCUUCAGAAGCUGCCAGCGAUAUAUAAGCCUCACCAGGUUAAAUCAAGACUCACCAUCUUGGGAAAUCUUCAGCCGUUGAAUAUUUUUUUAAAACAAGAAAUUGAUCGUAUGGUGAAAGUGUUAUCAGUAGUUUAUAGCAUUCUUACUGAUUUGAAAUUAGCCAUCGAUGGAACCAUAAUUAUGAACGAAGAUUUAAAAGAUGCCUUAGAUAACAUAUUUGAUGCCAAAGUUCCUGCUGUCUGGAAUAGGAUAUCGUGGGAUUCAUCAUCUGUUGGAUUUUGGUUCACUGAAUUGCUGGACAGAAAUGAGCAGUUUUAUUCGUGGCUUUUUGUAGAUAGACCGAAUUCAUUUUGGAUGACUGGAUUUUUCAAUCCACAAGGUAGUUUUCUGACUGCAAUGAGGCAAGAAGUAACUAGAUCUCACAAAGGUUGGUCAUUGGACAGUGUCAUCCUCCAGAAUGAAAUGACUACAAAAUGGACCAAAGAUGAAAUAACCGUUCCACCCACCGAAGGUGUUUACGUGCAUGGCUUGUAUUUGGAAGGUGCUGGAUGGGAUCGGAGGGCAUCGAAGCUCGUAGAAUCUCCACCGAAACUCUUAUUUUCCAUGCUCCCAAUCAUAAGGAUGUUUGCUUCACAAAUUGCACCAAAAGAUCUACGCUUGUAUCAGUGUCCGGUCUAUAAAAAACCUAGAAGAACCGAUUUGAAUUACAUUACGCAGUUAACAUUGAAGACAACAGUGAAUCCGGAUCAUUGGAUCCUUCGGGGAACAGCUGCAUUGGCAGACAUUAAAUAA